CUAGAAGGUUCCGGGGUAAGCUGUACGAAGGUCAGGAGACAACGUAGCUUCUAUUUAACCGAGAGGCAGCCUUGUGAGCCUAGUGUCGUGUGUUGUUAUCCGUUAAAAUCGUUUAUUUUCUGAUUUUAAGAACGAAUAGUCCACAAUGCCAAGAGGCAGCCGCAGCCGAACGUCAAGAAUGGCUCCGCCGAGCUAUUCUGCCGCACCACCUCCUAGACCUGCUCCUAGGCCUGCCCCUCCACCGUCCUAUGCCCCGGCUCCUGUUCAUGCCCCUCCAUCAGCCGUAGGUGCUCCCGCAGCUGCACCGAGGCAGCCCGGGAUGUUCGCCCAGAUGGCCACCACUGCGGCGGGAGUGGCCGUGGGGUCAGCUGUGGGCCACACAAUAGGACAUGCUAUGACGGGAGGCUUCGGUGGUGGUGGAGGAGGAGGACAAUCUGAGGCUCCCAGGCCUGAUGUUACCUAUCAGGAACCAUACCAAGGUCAGCCCAUGUACCAACAGCAACAGCAGCCCAUGUACCAGCAGCAGCCCAUGUUCCAGCAGGAACCCCCUCAACAGAGCCCCUGCUCAUAUGAACUGAAACAGUUUAUAGAAUGUGCCCAGAACCAGAGCGACCUUAAGCUCUGUGAGGGAUUCAGCGAAGUGCUCAAGCAGUGCAAGUUCUCCAAUGGCCUGUCGUGACCACAUCAGGAUGCUGCUAUUACACGCACAGAAGCAUAACAUGCAUGUAAUAAUAAUAAAUGUAAAAUUGCUCGGCCAACAGACUGGUUUGUGGUGACGAAAAACACACACUUCAACAGUAUAGUACUCUCUUGUCUGAUAUCUGAUAGUUUUAUGACAUACAGUUGAUUUAUAUUUAUAUGAUUUUGUUUUUUUGCUUAAAUGUUAAAUUGAUUCAGAAUUAAAACUAGACAGUAUCAUGUGA